AUGGACAACCAUGUCCAUUAUAACAGAGAAUCGGCUAGGGCUUCUGGGGUUGCGGAAACGUACGACGAGCGUAUUGCGCUGCUGGAUGAGCUUUUGGCCGCCUUUGUCGAUGCCAAGGAGCAAGAGAAGAAACGCCUGGUCAACGACGCGAACAAAGUGGAUCAGAGUGAGCGAGAAGGUGAGUGCAUUCGUAACGAAGCGAUGAACUCGCUUGGCAAGCGCAAGCACCAAGAGUGCGAUGAUGACGGCGAAAAAGCGUCCGGCAGCGGCAGCCGGUUCACGAAGAUCACUACUGCCAUGCAAGAGGAAAGCAAGGCGGAACGUGGUCUGCGUCAGUCUGAAUUGGAGUUCCGCAAGUUUCAGCUGGAGGUUGAGCGCGAGGAGCGUCAAAAAGACCGCGAACUGGCGGCGGAACAAGCGCGUCUGCACCACGAAACUAUUCUUGCGAUGCUAGGUGCUCUCACUAAGCGACAGUAA